AUGGAAGAGGGAAGAGCAAGAACAUGUGUCACUGGUGGGACUGGCUUUAUUGCUUGUUGGAUUAUCAAGAGACUUCUUGAGGAUGGUUAUUCUGUUAAUGCCACUAGUACAUCUUCCUCAGGAGACACGAAAGGUAUGACCUUCCUCACAAACCUGCCAGGUGCAUGUCAGAAACUUCAACUCCUGAAGGCACACUUAACUGAACCAGAAAGCUUCAAGGAAGCCAUUAAAGGGUGUAUUGGGGUAUUCCAAGUGGCAAGUCCAAUGGAUUUUAAGGAAAAGGAAGAAGAUGAAGAGAUAGUGACCAAAACAUCCAUUAAUGGAGCACUGGGAAUUAUGAAGGCAUGCCUCACUUCAAACACUGUCAAGAGAUUUGUUUAUACCUCAAGUGGUUCUGCUGUUUCUUACAAUGGCAUUAAAGAAGAUGAUGAUGAAAUAGUGAUGGGUGAGAGUUUCUGGGGGGAUGUGGAUUAUCUCAGAACUUCAAAACCAUUUGGAUGGUCUUAUGCCAUUUCUAAGACAUUGGCAGAGAAAGCUGUGCUUGAAUUUGGAAAAGAAAAUGGUUUAGAUGUUGUCACCGUGAUUACUCCUUUUGUUAUUGGACCUUUCAUUUGUCCUAAGCUUCCUGGCUCGGUUCGCUCACCACUCUAUUUGCUAUUUGGUAUGUUCAACAAAUUCUGCUUUGAAUUUAAUUAUUGA